AUGACCGAGACUGCGCUUCUAGAGCCUAGUCCCAACAGCUCGGUUGUGAUCAGGCAAGUGUGGGCUGCCUCCGAGUUCCGAAUCAUAAGCAGCCUGAUUGACAAAUAUCUAUUUGUCUCCAUUGACACUGAAUCUCCAGCAAGAGCACGGCAACCUCCCUCACAUAGGAACCAACAACAAAACUCACUACAUCUGGAGUUCAAUUUCAGAGACUUCAACCUCAUACGUGACAUUCACGCAAAGGACUCUGUGGCACUCUUAUGCAGCCAGGGCAUCGACUUUGCACGCAAUGCAGUGGCCAGAGUUUCUUCAGUGCAUUUUGCGAAGUUGGCAGCAGCAUCCGGGCUGCUGUUCAACAAAGCACUGACAAUGGUCACAUUCCAUGGUGCUUAUGAUAUUGGAUAUUUGGUGAAGAUUCUGACAUGGGGGUGUUCUUCGACGCGCUUGGAGGAGUUCUUGGAGAUUGUGAAGGAGCUGUUUGGGGGAAAUGCUUAUGAUGUGAAGCAUGUGAUGAGGUUCUGCAAUGGCCUUUAUGGUGGUUUGGAAAAGGUGGCUGACACACUUCAACUGGACCGAGUUGCUGGGAAGUGUCAUCAGGCUGCUGCCACACCUUUCACAAGAUUAGAGAAACUUAUUUUUUGGUUAAUGAUGAUGGGUUUAGGGAAUAUGUUAAUGUAUUUUUUGGGUUAGAAAUUGCAGAAGCUUAAUACUUUCU